AUGUCGAACAACGGCGCGUACGCCGUGCCGCCGGUAAAGAAGACCAACACCUCCACCUCAUCUAAAACGGUUUUCCACUUCGCCGCAGGCCUCUGCUCCGGCCUCACCUCCUCCAUCCUCCUCCAACCGGCCGAUCUUCUCAAAACUCGUGUCCAGCAGUCCGGCCAGGCUGGCGCCCUCCUCCCAACUCUCAAAGCAAUCCUCUCCUCUCCGAACCCCAUCCGCGGACUAUGGCGUGGGACACUACCCUCUGCCCUUCGCACGGGCUUCGGGUCGGCCCUCUACUUCACCAGCCUGAACGCCUUGCGGCAGACGAUCGCCCAGGCCAACCCUCCCAUCGUCCUAUCUAAUACAACAUCCACAACCGCGCAGUCCUCCUCCGCUCUUCCCAAACUCUCCAAUACGGCCAACUUGGCCACCGGCGCCGUCGCCCGCGUCGCCGCAGGAUUCGUGAUGAUGCCCGUCACUGUGCUCAAGGUGCGCUACGAGUCCGACUACUACGCCUACCGCAGUUUGUACGGCGCCGGCCGCGAUAUCGUACGCACAGAGGGUCUUCGCGGUCUCUUCGCCGGGUUCGGCGCCACGGCCGCCCGAGAUGCGCCUUACGCCGGCCUCUACGUGCUCCUGUAUGAGCAACUGAAGCGCCGCCUCGCCUCCAUGACCACCGGGUCAACCAACCACGACGGGACCCCUGGGGCGGGCGUGUCCUCGUCCUCCAUCAACUUCGUCUCUGGCGCCUCGGCAGCGGGCUUAGCCACCGCCAUCACCAACCCCUUUGAUGCCGUCAAAACACGGCUGCAACUCAUGCCCGCCAAAUACGGCAAUAUGGUCCGGGCGGUGCGCCUGAUGAUCCACGAGGAUGGCAUGCGCAGUCUCUUUGGCGGUCUGGGCCUCCGCAUGGCACGGAAAGCGUUGAGUUCUGCGCUGGCCUGGACGGUCUACGAGGAACUUAUUCUUCGCGCCGAGAAGCGAUGGGCGGCGAAUCACCAUAUGGGCUUAUAG